AUGGCUCAGCUGAAGGCAUUAUCCCCAUCUUCAUCCCUCAAUCUCUCCGUUCAUGUCCCUAAGAGAGAUUUGUUGUUGUCUAAUAACAAUGUAUCUUUUGCAAAGAAGUCAGAUUUGUUUCAAGAGCUGGGGGCUAGAAAGAGUGAACUUCAGGGUGAUGCAGUUGUGAGCAAUAAAGGGAAUGCUCUUCGAGUUCAUUGCAAUAAAGGGAUUCAAGCAGUAUUAUCCAGUGAUAAAGCUACAGAGGAUUCUGAAGCUAUGAAGACUAAAGGGCUAAGAGGAAAAUUAAACAAGGUUGUUCUAGCCUAUAGUGGUGGCUUAGACACCUCAGUUAUUGUCCCAUGGCUACGGGAGAAUUACAGUUGCGAGGUUGUUUGCUUCACUGCUGAUGUUGGCCAGGGAGAAGGGGAAUUAGUAGGCUUGGAACAAAAGGCUAAGGCUAGUGGUGCUUGUCAGUUGGUGGUGAAGGACUUGCAGGAGGAAUUUGUGAGAGACUUCAUUUUUCCCUGCUUGCGAGCAGGUGCCAUCUAUGAAAGGAAGUACUUGUUGGGGACGUCAAUGGCACGCCCUGUUAUUGCAAAGGCCAUGGUGGAUGUUGCAAAAGAAGUUGGAGCCGAUGCUGUUGCUCAUGGAUGCACAGGAAAAGGAAAUGAUCAGGUUCGCUUUGAGCUCACCUUCUUUGCACUAAAUCCUGAACUAAAUGUUGUGGCUCCUUGGCGGGAAUGGGAUAUCACAGGAAGAGAAGAUGCCAUUGAAUAUGCUAAGAAGCACAACGUGCCUGUCCCAGUGACAAAGAAAUCCAUAUACAGCAGAGACAGGAACUUGUGGCACCUGAGCCAUGAGGGUGACAUUCUGGAAGACCCUGCUAAUGAGCCAAAGGAAGAUAUGUACAUGAUGUCUACUAGUCCAGAAGCAGCACCUGAGAAACCUGAAUAUGUAGAGAUCGGGAUAGUAUCUGGCCUUCCUGUUUCAGUAAAUGGGGAGAAGCUUUCCCCAGCUUCUCUGCUUUCCAAACUCAAUAAGAUUGGUGGGAAACAUGGUAUUGGCCGUAUUGACAUGGUUGAGAACCGACUUGUUGGUAUGAAAAGCCGUGGAGUAUAUGAAACUCCUGGAGGCACCAUUCUCUUUACUGCUGCACGUGAGCUAGAGUCAUUAACACUGGAUAGAGAAACGAUGCAAAUUAAAGAUUCACUUGCUCUCAGGUAUGCUGAGCUGGUGUAUGCAGGCAGGUGGUUUGACCCACUGCGUGAAUCCAUGGAUGCAUUUAUGACGAAGAUCACUGAGACAACAACCGGUUCAGUCAGACUUAAGUUGUACAAAGGAUCCGUCUCAGUAGCUAGCCGGACAAGCCCCAAUAGCCUGUAUAGAGAAGACAUAUCCUCCUUUGAGAGUGGACAGAUAUAUGAUCAGGCUGAUGCUGCUGGAUUUAUUCGGCUCUAUGGUCUACCGAUGAGGGUUAGGGCAAUGCUAGGGAAGGGCAUCUAA